CUCACACGAGCACACACACAAUGGCAGAGAACAAGGCCCUCGACACCGCGGUGCUCUCGUACCUCGUCGCGCGCGGCUUUACGCGCUCGACCAAGGCCUUUGAGAAGGAGGCCGGCGUCGCCGUCGCCCCCGAGGCUGAGGGGCAGCUGCUCAAGGCUUGGGCGGCGGCGGGAUUGACGGCCAAGGCCGCCGCCGCCACCGACAACGACGUCGACAUGGACAGCGGCGACGAGAGCGACAGCGAGAGCUCGGACUCGGACUCGGACAGCAGCUCGAGCGACAGCGACUCGGACUCGGACUCGGACGACGAGAGCGACUCCAGCGACAGCUCGAGCGACUCGGACAGCAGCUCGGACGACGAGAGCGACGACGCCAAGAAGGUGGAGGCGGCUGUCUCCAAGCCCACCGAGCCCAAGGACGUCCCCCUCCCCGAGUCUGACUCGAGCUCGAGCGGCAGCAGCUCUGACUCGAGCUCUGACUCAAGCUCCGACUCCGACUCCAGCUCUGACUCCGACUCGGACUCGUCCGAUGACGGCAAGAAGAAGGCGUCGAGCAGCAGCAGCGAGACGCUGCCUGACCCCGCCAACGCGAAGGAGUCGUCCAGCAGCAGCAGCAGCUCGUCGUCGUCGUCCAGCUCCAGCAGCGACUCGGACUCGUCGAGCAGCUCUGACUCUGAGAGCGACAGUGACAGCGAGAGCGACUCGUCGUCGUCGUCAUCUUCCUCCUCGUCCUCCUCUUCGUCGUCCUCGUCAUCCUCGUCAUCAGAGUCCGAGGAGGAGGACAAGCCCAAGCUCGGCCUGGGCGCCAAGCGCGCGCGCAGCCCGUCUACCUCGUCGUCCUCCGACUCUGACGACGAGCCGGCCAAGAAGCGCAAGGUCGACGAGUCGUCCUCGGUCCCGUCCUCGGCGCCUACCUCCUCGUCUUCUUCUUCCGCCAACACCUCGUCCGUCGCGUCCCCCGCGCCAGAGUUCAACGCGGCCUCGGCUUCGGGCAGCUCGACGCCCCGCGGCAGCAACGGCAAACCCGCGCGCGGGCAGGGCCAGCGCUUCGAGCGCAUCAAGCAGGAGAACGUGACGUUCCACGACUUCCGCCUGAUGGACAACAGCUUCGAGUCGCACAUCCGUAACGGCGCCAACCCGAACGACUUUGGCGCCCGCGCCUCGCGCGACCUCAUCGUGACGCGCGGCGACGGCUUCCGCAAGGAGAAGAACAAGAAGAAGCGCGGGUCGUACGCUGGCGGAGAUAUCACCCUCGCGUCCCACUCGAUCAAGUUUGACGACUAGGUGGUGAUCGCGACUGCUGCAUAGAUUUCGAUACCCUCUUGCGAUGUUUGUACUGGCUCAAUGCAUUUUGGACGCACGACGUACGCGG